AUGGAGGCACUGCAAUCUAUCUCAAGCGGAUUCAACGCGUUCAACGCAAGCUCGCUCAUCCCUCAAGCAGAGGUGCAAGGCGAGGACUUGUACACCGGGUACGACCUGAGUCAGCACAACUUGCUGGAGAGAGCGUGGGCUAGCUGGUAUAUUUGGUGGGGAAAUCCGGUAAUAGCCACGGGCGUAAUGAGUUUCCUGAUGCACGAGGUAAUUUACUUUGGACGAUCUAUUCCGUGGAUUAUAAUCGACCACAUUCCUUACUUCAGGAAGUGGAAGCUGCAACCACACAAGGUGCCCUCAGACUGGGACCAGUGGCGUUGCACGUACUUGGUGCUUUUGCAGCACUUCACAAUAGAGUUGCCACAGAUCUGGGGAUUCCACCCGCUGGCUGAGUUUUUCGGUAUGCAGACGUACCAGCUGCCCUUCCCAUCCCUCUGGACAAUGGCUAAACAGAUAGCAAUCUUCUUUGUGUUUGAAGAUACCUGGCACUUUGUCUUCCACAGGGCGCUGCACUGGGGUCCUCUGUACAAGCGUAUCCACAAGCAGCACCACGAAUUCAGUGCGCCGUUUGGACUCGCGGCCGAAUACGCGCAUCCCGUUGAAGUUGGAUUGACCGGUUUCGGCACAGUCGGAGCACCAAUCCUCUACGCGGCAUUUAUAGGCGAAAUACAUAUAGUGGCGGUGUACGUGUGGAUCGCUUGUCGCUUAUUCCAGGCGAUAGACUCCCACUCGGGCUACCACUUCCCUUGGUCCCUGUGCAACUUCCUGCCAAUCUGGGCCGGCGCUGAACACCACGACUACCACCACGAGAAGUUCACUGAGUGCUACGCUUCGAGCUUCAGGCAUUGGGAUUGGCUCUUUGGGACGGAUAAGAAGUACCACGCAUACAGAGCAAAGCAGGCAGCAGCGAAACGUGAUAAGAAAGCACAGUAA